AUGACCGAACGUCGUUCCGACCGAAUCGCCAGCAAGCCAACGAACGAAGCCGUCGAAAUCAUCCGAUGCCCGUGCAAGAGCACCGAAGAAGGCGACGAUGUGAUGAUCGAGUGUGAGGAGUGCAAAACUUGGCAACAUGCCAAGUGCAUGGGAAUCCGUUCCGACGUCGCCGCUGACACGAGAAACUAUCGCUGUGAGGAGUGUGAGCCGUCGCGACAGACGCCGAAAAGAGUUCAAAAACGAACUAGUCGAGGAGCUUCUGGAGAUGCUAAAGCACCCACUCCUCGAAACCACUUUGCCCCAUUCGCAACGGAUUUCUCCGCAAUUCUGGAGUUUCUCGCCGCCAAAACCGAGCAAAUCCAAAGUCCACUGGUGAUGACGAAGGCGAUGGCGGAGUUUAAAGCGCUGAAAAAUCAUCAUAGACAGGCCAGGGAUUUGUCUAUUUCGUUUCGAAACAAGCUGGCGCCGAUUCUACACACUUUUGAGGAUUUCGACGAUGAGACCAUCGUCAGAAUCAUUUUUGGAACCAGCAGCCCCGUGGAUUCGGCAUUUUUGGAGAAACUCAAAACGAGCGCUGAAAUCGAACUGGACACCCUCCACCGUAUCACUCACUACAAAUCCGCCACCCUAGAGCUACGCGGCCGUCAUACGUCACGUGGAAAGCACCAUAAUCGUCGUCGUCGCGCAAUCAGAAGACCAACAACGCCUCCAGAAUCGUCGGCAGAUGAUUCAGAAGAAGACGACAGUCUAGAAGACGUGACGCCAGUUGAGAAGCGUCAGGCGUUGAUGCCUUCAGAAGGCAUCGUCAAGACGGAGAUUCAAGACGCAGGCUUCUACAGUAACCACAACGUUUCGGCAUAUCAGAAUUCCAUGACAACGUCUUCUUCGGAUAUUUCGAAUUUUGGGAAUUUUGGAUUUCCGAAUCCGAUGAUUCCGGUGGGCGCACCGAUUCAAGGAAGCGCGGAGUUUAUGCAUGCGAUGACCAGUUUCGUCAAUUCGGUGGCUGGCAUGAUGAACGCGCAGACGGAGUUUGUGAGAUCGGCAAUUGAGCAGCAGAGACCAAACGUCUCCCCAACCACCUCUGGCGUCAUCCCACCAUCACCGAAGUCUUCCUCAUCUGAAUUCUCGUCUUCGCCCCGCCCACUUUCAUCGCUUUUCCUCAAAUUCAUCAGAACAUGCAUUCAUCACCUUCCAAACGCCAGCCAAAACGCCCUUCUUCACUCCGUCAACCGCAAAAUCGACGCCUACAAGGGAUUGCAGCCAUCUGGAGAUUCAGAAGACGUCAAAAUCCAAAUGAUUAAAAUCAAGACGGCCCUCCAACUGAUCUACAGCCUUCUGACGUCGUCUUCUGGCACUUCUGAAGGCGUCCCAAGCGUUGUUAAAACCAAGAAUUUCAUGACUAUCAUGGACCAGUUCAUCAGUGAGGAUUGCCACGUGGAUUCGGAAUUGAUCGAUCUUCAGACGCGCAUUCGACGCGCGGAAUCGAGGGAAAUUUCGGUGAAGAUGGUGCAGAAUGCGUUGGAAUCAGCGUUGGGAAUCGUCGUGCCAAUGGAGAUGAUGCCAGAAGGAAAAAUCGAUUUUUAA